AUGCCUCUGCAAGCCCCUACUACCAAGACCACCAACGAAAAUGCCACAUCUACUCCUCCUACUCCCACCUUUGGGCCCGUCAAGGACGGCAGCUUCAUGAAGAGGUCCGACUCGGCCCGCAGCAUCCCUUCUCUGCUUCAGUCAAACGACGGUGAUGCCGAGAGAACACGACCCAUGACCGCGAUGCCCGGCAAGGAGAAGAGCUUCCUUGACACCAAAGAGCCUGCUGUUCCCUCCGUCAACGGGGAAACCGCAAAGACUGCAGCCGAGAAGGACGCAACCUCUGCUUCUGCUACCUCGGUUACAAACGGGGCCGAGCACGCCAAGUCCAAAGCUGUGUCCGUGGCAGAGACUGCCCAGACCGCGGAGGAUAACGUUGAUGACUCGUCUUCCGAGGAUGAAGAUGAUGACAAGAACGAAACCCAGGCCCAAGAGGCCCAGGGAGUCCAGCUUGCCACUCGCGUUGCGGUCGUGCCUCCGCGUCCCGCGACCCCUGAGGCCGACAAACGGAUUUCCUACCACGAGGAUGCCGACCUUCACAUCAAGGUUCGCGAUGUGAACGGUGCCGUCGUCGUUUACUCUGUCCGCUCUGCCGCCAUCGCCUCUGCUUCCCGCGUCUGGAAGGAGUUGGUCGCUCAAAACACGGCUGCUGUCAUUGAGCUGCAGUCCACCGCGGACACCGCUCAUGGACUUGAUGUGCUCUUUUCCCUCGCACAUUACAAAUUCCACGAACUGCCUACCAUGCCCAACGUCGGCGACCUUUACGACAUUGCCCUGGCUUCUGACAAAUACGCCGCCACCCACCUGCUUGUCCCUUUCAUGAGAGACUGGGUUGUCGCCUUGAACCGUCAUGUCCUCAUGGCUGGAGCCCGCAACGACGAGGACAAGACCCUCGUUCUUAGCUGGGUGUUCGGUGAGGCUCGCUGGUUCAGCCGCGUGUUGGCUAAGGCGGCUUACAAGUCGCGCGUCGAUGCUGAGGGCAAGCUUCUCGACUCUAGAGGUCGUCCCUGGAAUGAGCAGCCCAUCUCGGAUGAGGUCAUUAGCAUGCUGGCUGCCACUCGUGCCGAGGCCGUCGACAAGAUCAUCAAAGCCGUCAGCAACCCGGUUCACCGUCUCCUCAACCCCUCUUGUUACCCUGGUGAAGAGAUUCGCUACUGCCAUGCCGGUACUGAUGACGGAACCGCCGAGGACUGUGAGCAGCUUCUCCUCGGGUCCGCCAUCAUGGGCUUGACCAAGGUCAAGCUUUGGCCGCCACCUGAGCCUACAAAGAUCAAGGUCAGCGCUGUCGACCUCGCUAGAGCGUACGGCGAGGUCCGCAUCCGGCGUUACCAGAUCCCAGGUCUGCGUUUCAGGGAUAGCACAGCCGAUGGCGCGCCGGUUGAGGACCCUCACGCCAAGUGCGGUUUCGGUCACCGCGAGGUGAUUGAGAAGAUUCUCAACACCCCUGCCAAGAUGGCCUCCGGCGUGAUCGGCCAGCUCAUCACCAGAGCCAAGAAGUCGGGUGCAUUUGACGAGGAGCUUUUCGCGGAUUUGAAGGAGUACGUGCAGGAUGGCGGAGCUGCAGUUGAGGGCGAGGACUUGAAGAGCGACCCCGUUCACUACAAGCAGGUCCGUAUCAGGACUAACGGUGUUGUUGAGAACAAGACCCCCGCCGAUGAUGAUGAUGAGGAUGAGGAUGAUUCCAGCUCCGAGAGCGACGACGAGUAA